CAUCUCUAUCUGAACCACGUCUUUAAGAACACAAUGGGCAACACAGAGUCUAAGCAAGAUCACUACGAAGUGCUGGGUGUGCACCCGAAUGCCACGGAAACGCGUAUUACCAAAGCUUUUCGCAGCGCGGCGUUAAAAUGGCAUCCAGGAAAGAAAACACCUGGAAAUAUCGACCAUGCCUAUCGCACCCUGUCAAACCGUACAAAAAGAACUGAAUAUGAUGCAUCCAGAGGUUCAGGCCGCGGAACAUUUUUUAAAAGCACAUUUUUCUUUACCGGCAUCGGCAUUGGCAUUGGCAUUGUUGCUGUUGCUGGAUAUCUAACGUACAAACGUUGCCGAAGCGGAAACUUAGAAGAAAUAGCCAAGGCAGCUUCUGAAUUGAAGGGAAAAAUAAGUCAAGCUACAAUGGAAAAAACUAUGGCUAUCCUAAAUUGGGCUUUUAAAUGGAAGGAUUCCGAUGCUGCAUCCGCUUUAGGAUCUCAACUAGCUUCGACAGCUAGUACUGUGGGAAAAAUAAGUCAAGCUGUAAUGGAAAAAACUAUAAAUAAGGCUUCUGAAUUAAAGGCUUCUGAUGCUGCAUCCGCUUUAGGAUCUCAACUAGCUUCGACAGCUAGUACUGUGGGAAAAAUAAGUCAAGCUGCAAUGGAAAAAACUAUAAAUAAGGCUUCUGAAUUAAAGGCUUCCGAUGCUGCAUCCUCUUUAGGAUCUCAACUAGCUUCGUCCGCUAGUACUGUGGCCAGUGCAUCCAAUGAUGUCUUGUCGAAAGUGACAAAGUGGUUCCAGAAUUAAAGGACGUUCGUUUUCAUUUCUUUUCCAUAAAAUAUAAUUUUAUUCAAUUUUUGAACCAACUUCAACUAUAUCUUUUGUAAAUGUUUAAUCUUUAAAGUUUUAAUAAAUAAGUUUUAAUAUACAAUUCA